AUGCAGCAAAUAACCGACACCCAGGCGUGGCAGACUGACCCCCUGGGUCAGAUUAGAGGCAUCUCCUCCAAGAUUGAGGACUGGAUCGAGAUCGUCAGCCAACCCAUUCGCCCUCACCUCCCCGCGUUGGGCAGAUUCUUGAUUGUCGUCACCUUCCUUGAGGACGCACUCAGGAUAAUGACCCAGUGGAACGAUCAGAUCUGGUUCCUUGGAAAGCACCGUCAUUUCCCCUGGGGCGUGUCCCACAUAUUCUUGGCCCUCAAUGUCAUCAUCAUGCUUGGUGGCUCUGGGCUCGUCGUCACAAAGCGUUAUCCAGAGAUCGCUGUUGGCUCACUUCUUGGUGUUGUGAUUGCGCAAGGAUUUGGCUACGGGCUGAUUUUCGACCUCAACUUCUUCCUCCGCAACCUUUCUGUCAUUGGUGGGCUGCUGAUGGUUCUCAGCGACAGCUUGGGUACCAGGAAAAACCUCUUUGCAGGGUUGCCCAGCUUGUCCGAGACCGACAGGAGGAAAUAUUUCCAACUCGCUGGCCGUGUUCUCCUAAUUUUCCUCUUCAUCGGUUUCAUUCUCCAGGGUACCUGGUCCAUCUCACGGGUGAUCGUCUCGAUCAUUGGUCUGUGUGCAUGCAUCAUGGUCGCGGUCGGCUUCAAAGCCAAGUGGUCCGCUUCCUUCCUUGUUCUCGUUCUUUCCAUCUUCAAUGUCUUCAUCAACAACUGGUGGAGCGUUAACUCGCACCACCCGCAGCGCGAUUUCCUGAAGUAUGAUUUCUUCCAAACCCUUUCCAUCGUCGGCGGACUCCUGCUACUCGUCAACAUGGGUCCCGGUGGCAUCUCCGUAGAUGAGAAGAAGAAAGUCUACUAA